GGGCUCGCGGCGGCGCUGGCUGCUCUGCUGGCGGUGCUGACGCGCGCUGCCGCUGCCGACCUCGUCUUUCGGGUACCUGAAGUACUGGUGCGUCACGCAGCGGCGGCGCGCCCAGUGGGAACGGGCGGUCGGAAUAACAGCGGCGUGGCUGCCGAGCCUGUUGACAGCACGGCGGGUGACGAGGUGGGCGAGAAGGCUGAAGGGCAGGAGACAGGCGGGCAGGCUGCGGGCUUGCUGGAGGUGCGCUAUGAGGAGUACUUCGUGGAGCACGAUGUGUCCACUGCGGCCGCGCGCAACGCCGCCCUACACCUAGACCUCGAUACCGUGCCGGCGACGCGCGUGGGGUGCGGCGCGUGCAGCCGGCGCGAUCUGGAGUACUGCGAGACGCGCGUGCUGGCAGACCACUGCUGCUGCGAGCGCCGCUUUCUGCGCGAGCCCUUCCCCUGGCUGCCGCACACCUGCUACGUGGGCCCGGGCCGCUGCCGCCCGCUGGCACACGACUGCGCCCGCUACGCGCGCCUCCGCGACUGCUGCUGCCUGCGCCGCCUCGCGCACAGAUGGAAGGGCAUCUUGUCGCGGUCGUCGCGAACGGGCGAGGGCGGCGCGCCGCUGCUGGUGUUGGCGGCGGUGCUGGCGGCGCUGCUGGCGGCGCUGCCGGCGGCGCGCCAGUGA